AGGCUCAAGGCUAAUCAAGUCAUAUUAUGGCUCGACAACAGCACACCUGAGUCUGCUAUCCUGGGAGAAACCAGAGGACCUGUCAGCUGAUCAGUAAAGCAGGAGAAGCAUUGUAGACAUUCUGGACAUAUUAGUAUAAAGUUAGUCAGUCCAAUACAAGCCAGUAUAUACAGUCUAUUAUUCAGUGCAUUAAAAUGCUUGGAAAUGGAAUCCAGUGCUUUUAAAAGCAGUUCAGAAAGUGAUUCAGAUAAAAUUCAGCAUCACAACGUUGAUUCUACAUAUACAAAUAGAUAGACUGUAAGGCUGAAUCAAAACAUCACGACUCAGAUGUGAGGUUGAGAAACAAACAGGAAGUAAGAAACAAGCUUUGAUGUGCAUGAGACUUACAAAACCUGCUGUGAUGAUAAACGGAAACCACACAAUUCUAACAAGCAGAACAUUGUGUUUCUGAACUGGAUGAACAAUAAAGCAGGGUAAUUCAGUUGCUCAGCAGCAUGUAACCCAGCAGGCAAAUCAAAAGACUGUCUGAUCUUCUCACGAGACUUUCACUUCCGUUCUCUGUGGAGCAAAAACACACAGUCGACAGAGUUAUAUCAUAAACAGUCACCAUGCUCAAAAAAUCUGUGUUUUGCCCAGGGUGCAUUAAGGUCGUGUUCCGUAAGGGACCACUCGGAUAUCUCCUUCAGGACCCGACUGAGGAGGCCAGGGUGAUCAAAGAUAACCCAGCUCUUCAGGACAAGUCGGCACCAAAGAAGGAGGAGCUCGUCAGGCAAGAUGCUCUUGCUGUGGUCCGUCAGAGAGGAGGCGACGCCUCUGACAAAAGAGAAGUUCUUGGUGAAUACAUCCUGCAGUUUGGAAAGUACAAGGGGAAAUCUUUCCGGUGGCUUCUUGAAAAUGACAUGGGUUACACCAUCUACCUAAUAAAGAACCUUCAGCAGGAAGAGGCCAUGGGAGUAUUUACAUCAGAAGGACCCAGCAAGAGCAGUCUGUUAUCCUUUUAUAAUUAUGCCUGCAGUUUUAACGAAAUUCAGUCCCUGUUCAGUUAUGUGUCCAAAAAUCCAGGUGCACCAGCAGCCUCGUCGGAGGGUGACCAGCUGGUUGGUUUUGGUGCUCAUGCGAAGAGUACGUGGCAGGAGAUUUGGAACAACAGGGCUGAUGGUUACGCAUCCUUUAUAUUGGGGGAAACUUGUGUCCCGGGGACACGGAUGUACAAGCUGCAGCAAUACCUGCGUAAUCAGAUGCAGUCUGCCCGUCCGCCCGUGGUUGCCUCAAGUGCAGCUUCUAAGCCAACGGCUUCACGACCACUGUCAUCAACAUCAUCAUCCUCAGCUGCUGAACUGAGACGGUCUGCGGGACCAGGAAAAGGUUUUUACACAUCAGGCUCAGCACUGGAGCACAGUUCUGUUGAAUUGUGAUAUGAAAUGCUCUCCAAGUCUGAAUAAAAAGCCUUUCUUAUUUUGUCACUGUUUUGGCCAUGUUCUGGCCUUGUUCCACUAACAAAUGUCUGUGCCGUUGGAAUGGAUGGAAUGAGAUGGAAAGACAGAGAUGGGUGGCAGAAAGGAGAAAAUAAAAAUAAGUGUUGUAAAUUUUCUUAAAAACUAAACUUUUACUUUAAAAAGUAAACUUUUGUAAAUAUAUUUUCUCUUUAUUUAAAUGUGUAUUAAUUUAAUUAGUCUUUAAUGUUGCAUUAAUAUGUAUAUAUGUUACGUGUGUUUUUCUUACGUGUGUUAUUUCUAUUGUGUUUUACUCCUUUAAAGUAUUUAGAAUGCCAAAUAAACAUAAUGUUUUACACUUA